CGAUCGUAACCAAUUUUAGUUUUUGUUUUUAUUUUUUUCUCUUAUUUUUGCGGUGUCUGUAUUAUUCUGUAAAUACAUUUGGUUUUUUAAAUAUUUUUUUACGACAAAAACAUCAGGAUGGAACUAAACUCUCUUUUAAUUCUCCUCGAGGCUGCAGAGUACUUGGAAAGAAGAGACAGAGAAGCAGAACAUGGUUACGCUUCUGUUUUACCGUUCAAUAGCGACUUUUCCAGAAAGAAAAUGAAAGCAUCGCCAAUUUCAAGAAAAACUCAGAACAAUAGAUCAUCGCACAACGAGCUGGAGAAACACAGACGUGCCAAACUGCGGUUGUACUUGGAGCAGCUGAAGCAGCUCGUGCCUUUGGGUCCAGACAGCACCCGACACACCACACUGAGCCUGCUCAAACGGGCCAAAAUGCACAUCAAGAAGCUGGAAGAGCAGGACAGGAAGGCUCUGAAUGUGAAAGAGCAGCUGCAAAGAGAACAUCGCUACCUCAAACGACGCCUGGAGCAGCUGUCUGUUCAAGGCCUGGAGCGCAUACGCACGGACAGCAUGGGCUCCACCAUCUCCACCGACUCCGAGCAAGAGGUGGACGUGGACGUGGACGUGGACGUGGACAUUGAAGGGAUGGAGUUUACACCAGGCGAAGGAGACAGCGUCGACAGUGUUAGCGACGUCGAAGACCACUACAGCCUGCAAAGCAGCUCCAGCGACGGCAGUUACAUGCAUUCCCACAGACUACAACCUCAUAUCUGCUAGGCCACGCCCUGCAACUGCCAGCCUGUCAGUCAGUCAAAACCUCGGCCCGCCCCUCCCCAUCCCAUCCUUCCUUCCUGCCCCCCCCACCCACUAUCGGCUCCCUGCCCACCCACUCACACGCUCUCUCUCUUUCUCGCUCACUCACUUACUCACCCACCAGCCCAGCGGUCGACUCCCGGUGCUGACACCAGGAAAAGCAGUUCGCUGAGGUUUUUACUCAUGAUUUCCUGUCCCUAGACCACUCUCUGUCUCUCCAGCCCCGGUUUCUCCACUCAUCCCAACGCCCUCCGGUCCCCCCCCCUCCCUAAAACACCCUUUCUCAACCCCUCACCCCCCCCUCAAAAAAACCCUGUCUACCUAUUGCUACCACAAUCUUCCUCAAAGGAGGUUUUUGUGGUUUAAAUGGGGGCCUUUUUGUGGUGUGGCCUACAGCUCUGACAUGUCAGUAAGAACUCUUAGCUUAUACGUGUGUUUGUGUGUGUGUGUGUGUGUGUGAGCGAGAGAAAGAGCAAGUCAUUUCCUCUCCAAAAAAAAAAAAAACCAAAAAGAAAAAGGAAUUGGGCUGAAAAAUAGACUUUUUAAUAGACUUGGUUGGUGUCUUAAACUUGUCUUUUCCAAGUAGCACUCGGCACACUACACAUUGCACUCAGUUUUCUGAUUGAAGAGGCAGGGAAGACAACCAACUGAAAAGCACUUCACUCCUCCACAAUAUGUUUACAGUUUAAAACAACGACAACAACAACGAUGACGUCGACAACAAAACCAAAAUGAUUCGUCUUGCAUUUGGCUCAGUUGGUCUUCAGGGAUCUUUUUUUUCGAAUCUACAGGUUCGCGUCUUACUCGUGAGAGACGUAAGACGGUUUUUAAAACAACGGUUCGAUUUGUAGCGUACGUGACCUGAGUUAAGCUUUAUUUCGGGAACUCGUGGAAGCAAAUGUAAAAAAAAAAAAAAUCAGCCCUUUGACUUGUAACCUCUCGGUUCACUUCCUAUCCUCAUCACCACUCCACACAAAUGACCACUAUGCUGAACGGACGUACUGUCCUUUUGAACAAACUGAUAACCUGCAGCCUUGAAAACCCUGUUUCAGAAAAAAAACA